GGUCGGGUGGAGGCUCCCAGCUCCUCCUCUGCCUCUUCCAGGGGAAGGGGAAGUUCCUGGCCAUCCUGAACAAGUACAUGGAGAUCCACGGCACCGUGUACUAUGAGAGCCAGCGGCCCCCAGAGGUGCCAGCCUUCGUGAAGAACCACGGCCUCUUGCCGCAGCCCGAGUUCCAGCAGCUGCUGCGCAAGGCCAAGCUCUUCAUAGGGUUUGGCUUCCCCUAUGAGGGCCCCGCCCCGCUGGAGGCCAUCGCCAACGGCUGCGUCUUCCUGCAGUCCCGUUUCAGCCCCCCCCACAGCUCCCUCAACCACGAGUUCUUCCGUGGCAAACCCACCUCCAGAGAGGUGUUCUCCCAGCACCCCUACGCGGAGAACUUCAUUGGCAAGCCCCACGUGUGGACUGUGGACUACAACAACUCGGAGGAGUUUGAAGCAGCCAUUAAGGCCAUCAUGAGAACUCAGGUAGACCCCUACCUACCCUAUGAGUACACCUGUGAGGGGAUGCUGGAGCGAAUCCACGCCUAUAUCCAGCACCAGGACUUCUGCGCUGCUCCUGGCCCCAUCCCACCUGGGGCCCGCACCCCACGAAGUCCCUUUGUCCUGGCCCCCAAUGCCACCCACCUUGAGUGGGCCCGGAACGCCAGCCUGGCCCCUGGGGCCUGGCCCCCCACGCACUCCCUGCGGGCCUGGCUGGCGCCCCCUGGAAGGGCCUGCACUGACACCUGCCUGGACCACGGGCUAAUCUGCGAGCCUUCAUUCUUCCCCUUCCUCAACAGCCAGGACUCCUUCCUCAAGCUGCAGGUACCCUGUGAUAGCACCGAGUCGGAGAUGAACCACCUGUACCCAGCCUUUGCGCAGCCCGGCCAGGAGUGUUACCUGCAGAAGGAGCCCCUACUCUUCAGCUGUGCGGGCUCCAGCACCAAGUACCGCCGGCUCUGCCCCUGCCGCGACUUCCGCAAGGGCCAGGUGGCCUUGUGCCAGAGCUGUCUCUGAGGCCGUCUUGCGACCCUGCCUGGCGCCCAUGGUGGGCCCUCCCUGGCUACAGGAGAAAGCACCAGCAGAUUCCGGGCUCUGGCCUCGCCCUCCCUGCAGUCCCCCAGGCUGGAGCUGCCUUUCCAGGCCAGGAAGCGGGCAGAGGAGAGCCGUGCAAGAGCAGGAGGAGGGCACCGCAUCCCAGCCCCUGGAACCCCCCAGGUGGGAUCCUCACGGCAGCACCACGGCCAAGCAGACAUUGGGCGGCUCAGAGGGUCCGCCUUGCCCGGGGGCAGGUGGUCUGGCCCCUUGCUGUGUGCAAGUCCGGAUCUGGACCAGGUGGAGAAAGGGCCCUCGUCAUUCUCAGGCCCAGGACAGGUCUCCUGAUUUUCAAGAGAGAGGGAGCAGGGGCCAUGCUGCCCGUGGCUCCUGAAGGGUCCGAGGAAGGGCCCUCACACAGCCCUGGACAGCAGGCCCGGGCCGUUCUUGCUCUAGAGGGGGGACCUGGGGGACACCCCUGCUCCUGCAAGGGAGCCAUGCACGCAGAGCCAGCCAGCCGUGUCCCUCUGGAGUUGCUGGGGAAGCGGACAGAGGACCAGGGGCCUGGGGACAGGCUAGGCGGAGGGACCCUGUCCAUGCCUUUUGGCCCCACCCUUCCCUGUGCCUCACCUUUCCUGGUUUCCUGAUUCCCCAUACCGUCUCUCCACACACGGGGGCCGGGUCCACUAUACCCUGUUUGAAUUGUUUCCCUCUCCUGCUUGUUCCAACUCUCUUCGCUUCGGGCUUCUCCCAAAGCCCAUCCUGGCAUGGCCUGUGCUUCCAGAACCCCUUCAGGGGGCAGGUCUCCACCCUGGCCUCAGAGAACAGACUCUGAAGCCCCGUCCGGGGUGUCCUUCACCCACCAGGCACCUCCGCAGGUGCUGACUCCCCCACCCUCGGCAUCUUCUGCAGACCAAGGCUUGGGAGGAAGCUUCAGCCCCUGACACGCCUUGCCUCCUUCCCAGCCGCCCCUCCCACGAUCCCCCAGGGAUCCGCCACGCCAUUCCAUAUUGCCUGUGUCCUACUUCCUGCUUCCUCCAGCCUCAGAUGCACCUGUCCGUCUCUGUGUGGCAUGCCUGCCCCGGCCCCAGGAGGCCCCCUGCCCUCCACCCCUCGCCCAGAGCCCUGCCCGACUCGGCGGGCCGGGCCUUCAGAAACACUGCCACCCCACCCCGUUUUCUAGUCCUGCUCCCCCACCAACCCAGGCCUGCUCCUCCGCCCCCCCAGGGAGGCAGCCCCAGGACGCCAAGAGUUGGUGGAGGGGGCCAGGCCCCCUGUGGGGCCCAAGGGGGAUGCUUUCCGCUGGGAGUCCCCUUCAGGCCUAUCAUCCCCUGGGGCCACAGAAACCAUGACAGGAGCAACUCAGUGGUUCCCAAGGACUGACCUGUGAGGGAAAGCAAUAGAGACACUCUUUUCUCUCUCUCUUUUUUAAAGAUUUAUUUCUUGAAAUAAUAAAUAUUUUAUUGGGAUGUGAGA